AUUACGGAAAAAACUGAGUUUCACUUUGUAGCGUAUUCUUGUGGUUUUAAUAGGUUUUCAAAGUAACUUGAAAGUAAAGUAAUUAGUAAUCUGAUUACUUUUUACAUGCAGUAAUCAGUAAUGUAAUCAAAUUACAAAUUUAAAUUAGUAAUUUGUAGUGGAUUACUUUUUUUAGUAACUUACCCAAUACUGGUGAUCACUCAUUUGAAGAGUUAUUUAUUCGCAAAUAUUUUCCUAUAUUAUAGGAUGAUGUUGGCUAAUUUACUGUUGGUUACACAAAAUACUAAAAUUUGCAGAAAAAUACUUAAUAAAAAUACUAAAGUCCUGUAGUUACUUGAAUGAAACAUGUAGCCCCACCUGCAUUUAUUGACCUGUGGGGUAUGACUCCAAGGUACAAGAAAAUUAUGUUUUUAGUAUUUUGUUAAAUUCAACAAAUUAUCACAGUUAUAAAAAUGUAAUAUUUGCCUCAGGUUUUGUUGUUGGAAAAAACACUAAAUUUAAUUGGUGAAUUACCAAUUAUUAAUUGAAAUCAAAUGUGUAUGCAGUAAUGCUUCUCCUUAACCAACCUUUGUGAAUAUUGAGAUCUAUUUUACUGUGUCUGAAUGAUAACUUACAACAGAUUUUCUCCUGGUGUCGAUUGACAGGAAUGUGUCACACAAUUGAACAUGAGGCAACUGCUAUCAAUUGGAAUGGAUGGCCCCAAUGUAAAUUUCAAGUUUGUGGAUCUACUCCAGAAAGAACAUGCAGAGCUCUAUGGAGGUGCCCAGGUCGUUACUGUUGGAAGCUGUGGACUUCACACCGUCCACAAUGCUUUAAAGGCAGGCUUUACUAUGUGGCAGUUGGAAAAACUUCUGCGAGCCAUGCACUUCCUCUUUCAUAAUGUUCCUGCCAGGAGAGAAGAUUUCACUAGCCUGACGGGGUCCUCUUGCUUUCCCAUACCAUUUUGUGGCCAUAGAUGGGUGGAAAACGUUCCUGUGGCAGAAAGGGCAGUUGAAGUUUGGCCAGUGCUGAAGACGUAUGUGGAUGCUGCAGAGAAAAAGAAGGUUCCAGUCCCCUGCACAGCUUCAUAUGACACCAUAGUAGCUGCACAAAAGGAUCCUUUCAUUAUUGCAAAACUCCAGUUUUUUCUGGCAAUUGCAAGAACUUUCAACCCCUUCUUGACAAAGUUCCAAACUGAUGAGCCAGUGUUGCCCUUCUUGGCCAAAGAUUUGACUGAGCUGCUGAUGAGUUUACUGAGGCGGUUCGUUCAACGAGAGCUCACCCAGGAACUCACACCCCUGCAGCUGAUCAAAAUAGAUCUAACAGAUGAAAAGAACUUGGUCUCCCCAAGGAGUGUAGACAUAGGCCUGGGAGCAGAAUCUGCUAUCAAGGUGAUGUAAUUAUUCAGCAGUUUACAUCAUUGCUGUCUCUUGAGGGCAGAGGUGAACAAUUCCGCUCUUUCCAGCCUUUCAAGCAACGUGUGGAUGUGUUUCUACACUUGACCCUCAGCCCAUCCUACAUGGACCUGUUGAGAUUCUGCCAGAGUGUUUUACUUCUUUCACAUGGACAAGCCACUGUGGAGAGGGGCUUCUCCAUUAACAAGGAGGUGGAAACCUGUAACCUUCUAGGUGAAUCCUUGGAGGC